AUGCAGAUUGUCUUUGACAUUGUCGAUGACGAGUACGUUGAUAUAUCGACGAGAAACGAUGAACCGCCAUUACAGGCGAUAAAAAGUCUUCAGAUAGACAAUCCAUUGCAGUACCUUAAAUUCGUCUCGCAAUACAUCGACUCGAUCAGCGAGACACUCCGUCCAGUGAAUCUGAAGAUCCACGAUAACCCAGAACUGAACUACGAGGAAUUCAUUGCGCACGAGACUCUGGUGAACUUUAUGAAAAUCCAGGAAGGGAUGGAAGGUCACGCCAUCAGCGUAUGGCAUCCCAACCGCCUUCGUCGCAGAGUACGACAGUGGCAUAAAAGGAUCUGUAAUCAGCUUCAAUGCUGA